AUGGCCAGAGAGGCGAGAGAGUCGAUGGAACAGUUCGGUUCAUUGCGCAUCUCAGCAGGUACACAUCCAGAAGGAUCUGUUUCCAAGACUACCGAUUUUUCACCGAUUUCGGAGGAUCGUUCAAGUGGUACUGGAGGUGGAGGAGCUCGUUUAAAAGAUUAUCUAACGUAUUAUCGAACGAAAAUAGCAACCGGAGGUACUGGACCGGCAGUAUCAGCGCGACCGUUACAACCACCCGUGCUACCUCCUUCCAUGCAGCCACAAGCACAGAUCGGUGCUUAUAUUCCUCAUGAUGGUUCAAGUGCUGGUUUAGGUCCAAUCCCGCCUGUUCCAACUUCUUCGUACGGUCAAGGCAUGUUAAAUUAUCAUUUUAUUUGGAAUUUAUGCGAUUGGGCAGUUAUAAUAUCGAAGACAUUCAACUUCAUUAUGGUGGAAAAUUUUAAUUUAAGAAUUCAGUAG